CCCCCGCGAUAUACUUUCACUAUCGUCGACGAACCGAUCGCACUCGUCGGCCAUAACGUCGCACCGUAACACGUCGCCGUCUUCCGUUCUCAUGAUAUUAUAAUAACACAGUCAUUAUUCGACAUCGCAUCGCCCACCUGUAGAAGUAUAUACAUCACUGCCGCCAGCGACGCUCAGGAAAAAAAGCCAAAAGGAGCUGAUUCCUGCAAACAAAUUCUACGCGCCGUUUCGCAGUCUAUUUUUAUUAACUCCGUAAAACACAUAUUAUUAUAAAUUAUACAUCCAGCACGCCCAAUAUCGUGUUCUUUUAGUGUUUUUUUUUUUUUUUGUCAAUCGAUUCGCUCUUAUUUCUGUUCAUCGGUUCGCAAUGAAUCGGCCGGCUCAUCGAUCCUCGUGUGCGGAACGAUCGGCUUAGAAACAACCGAUUUAAGAAUAUACCAUUAAAAUCGCAUUACGCACGACAGCGUCGUAUAGUUGGCCGAUCACUGCAGAGCGCAACACGAUAAAUUGCUAUUUACAUAAAAAAAAACACGUAAAUUCAUUAACAACCCCUAACGUGCGCGCAGUUAGGAGGAUGGUGACACCGUCGUACACAGCCGCCGCCGAUCGUCCGGUGUCGCUGACACUCAUCUUCCGGGCGACUCUGUUGAUAACGACGAUCGCCACCUUUUCCCGGCCCGCCGAAGCCGUUCUUUCCGUGAACGCCACACCUGAAUACAUUCAUUCAUGCCGUAAAGCGGACGUUCAAUUCAAUAGUUGUAUUAAAGAAACGUUCAACCAUCUUCGUCCUUACCUCAUUAAUGGAAUCGAAGAGCUUACCGUGCCUCCGAUCGAGCCAUUGGUUAUACCAAAAAUGCAAAUGGAAAACGGUCAUGGUGCGGUCAGAGUGAGGGCCAUACUCAGUAACAUGACUAUACACGGCGCGAGCAACUAUACAGUUUUAAACGUCAGGAGUGAUAUGAAUAAAUACCGCAUAGACUUAGGACUUUUCAUACCACACAUCGAAGCUACUGGAAACUACGAUGUCAACGGAAACGUGUUACUGUUACCCGUUAGAAGUAGAGGAGAAUUUUGGGCGUCCUUCGAAAACGUAACGGCCUUAGCAAAAUUAUACGGAGUUGAGGUGAAUAAAGAAGGAGUGAAAUUUAUGAAAACCGAAAGGUUGGGAAUCGGUUUCAAAUUGGAAAAAUCUGAUUUUAAAAUCAAAGAUGCCAUCAAUAUGCAAAACGUCAUAGGUGAAGCAAUGAAUGUAUUUUUGAAUGAAAAUUCAGCAGAAAUUAUCGAGGAAAUGAAACCCGCCGCUUCGCAAGCCAUCGGAAAACAUUUCAAAAAUUUCUUGAACAACGCAUUUUUACAAAUCCCACUUAAAGUGUGGUUGAAAGACUCCGAAUAAUUUACUAUAAAUUUUCAUGUCUAUCAUUUGUUUUGUAAUUUCCUUUACCUUUCCAAUACUAUAGUAAAUAGUUUUAUUUUUAAGCAUUAUAUAUUACGCAUAAUUUUAUUCUCAUAAUAUAUAAUAUGUACUUUUAUAUUCGUAUAUUUAUUUAAGUUACCACACUUUAAACAAAUAUUAACAUAGAAUUUCUAUUAUGUAGACUAUUGACCAUUUAUAUUUGCCAUUUUGUAUAUAUAUAUAGCUACAUUAUACAUAAUAAUAUUAUAAUAUAUUAUGUCGUCGUAUUUUUUGUACGGGUUAUUAUUUUAAAGUUUAACACCUUAGAAGUAGUGUUAUUGAAAAUGUUUUAUUAAUUAUAUAUUUAUAAUCUCCUAUUGAGUAUUAUUUUAGUUUUAAAUUAGCUAUGUGUAUAUUGUAUAAGUAAGUAAAUGUUUGAAAAUUAUAACGCGCUGCCGGGUAACAGUGCAAUACUGAAAUGGUAUGUUUAACAUUGCACAUAAACAAUUUUAAUGUGCCAAAAGAAAAUAUAGUUCGUUAAAUUUUAAGGACAAAAAUUUUCUUUAAGAUGGUUGUUAACGACUUAUUAUAUAAAUGUUAUGUUUUUUUUUUUUUUAAUAAUACAGACUUGUUAAACAAAGUUCAGAAAAGUUGUUGAAAGAGAAACGUUAAAAAUUAAAACUAUUAACACAUAUUAUUGUAUAGUUUUAGUUAUAUUUAACGUUUAGAUUCUAAUAGAAUAAAUGAAAAAAAAUUUGUUUAUUUUAUAUUUAUGUUAUAUUUAAUCAAAUUAUUAAUAUUAAAUAUUAAUACUGUUAAAAUAAGAAUGACCUACUUAAACAGUUUAGUUUCAAAUCUUUAUUAUAUUAGUAUACUAUGAUAUAGAUUAUUUAUGAAUGUAUAUUUGUUUCAAUUUAAAGAAAUUAAAUUUUUUUUUUAGUAUUAUAUUAUGAUGUUUUUACAUGAUUAAAAUACAUUUUUUUUUUAAAUAA